AACUGUGAGAUCGUGACCUGAGCCGAAGUCGGAUGCUUAACUGACUGAGCCCCCCAAGCGGCCCUAGAGUUGGGACUUAGAUGUUGUUGUUUGUGUUGUUAACUGAAACAUCCCCACCCAGGCCUUUUCUAGCGGUUCACUGACUACGGAGUCGCUCUUUUGUUUUACCACUGGUUCCAACAUUCAUCAAGUGCAUAUAGAUGCCAUUCCCUUUGUCAAGCACCGUCAUUGCUCUUGACCAACUUGGUCAAAACCAACUGGUCGGGCUGGCACUUUCGAUCCUUCCUCCCACCCACGCACGCUGCCUCAUUUCUUACCCUUCAUCUUAGGAGCCUGCGUCCUCAGCACUGGCUAAGCCUCAUCAUUUCCUGGUCUCCAAACACACCCUGAUUUCCCCCUUUUCCAAGUCUGUUCUCGCUGCUUCCCCAGUGGAACAGCCCCCCCCGUGCCAUGCUACUUCCAGGCUACCUGCCUGCGGUGUCCUGCCUGCCUUGGCCAGCUUGGGCUCGGUAUGCGGGAGGAGCUGAGCAGACGGUGCAGAGAUCUCCGUGACUCUUAGGGUUUUCUGAGCCCGAGUGUUCUGUGCCCCUUUAUUCGGGGUUUGGAAUCAUCCCCAAGCUGGGUGGGCCUGGUGCCAGGACCCUGGGGCUUAGGGCUUGGGAAGGGCUUCCUCUGCUGGAGGAGGACAGCGCAGGGGCUGGGCAAGACUACCCAGUCAUUAACAGGCUCUGCCAGGGAGCAGUCCUGGAGAGGUCAAUGUGCUUCUCAAAGACUUUGGCGACACCCACCCCAGAGAGUGAGCCAGACUGGGUGAAGACAGGCAACAAGGCGCAUGAGCGUUAGAGCCGGGAGCAGCCGGGUCCACGUUCCUCCUCCGCCACCCGCCCUGCUUGGGCCACGAAGCCGCUCAAGCCUCAGCUUCUCCAUUUACGAAAAACGCAGAUGACAAUCUCCAGCUCACGGAGCUGUUGGAGGACAUAAAUGAGACAGCAUAUGUCGAAUGUCUCACUUAGCGUGGGUGCCCUGCACAUGUGCACCAACUGUGUCCCCACCCCAUCUAUAGUCACACACCUGCUCAUCAGGAAGACUGAGAAUAUUCACUAUCAGUGGAGGGACAGAGAUAAACACUCUUCACGUCAGUGUUACAAGGGCAGGACUGAUGGAUUGUCCUCAGGGGAGAGGGGACUAGUGUGGGGACAUAACUAUUAGGCAUCAUUUUUCCAGGACCCACUGGGUACCAGGCACUGCUUUUUACACACACUCAUCUGAUCCUCGUGGUAACCCAGGGGGUUGGUACUUGCAGCAGACCAAGGCUCUGGGUGGCAGGGGGGGAGGGGGUCCCAUAAUCCCUGUCUCCUGGUAUCCACACCCUUGUGUGAUCGGUCCCCUCUGUUUGGAUAUGGGUGGGACCUGCUCCAACCAAUAGAAUACGAUAACAGGUGUAUUCCAUGUAUGGGAUCACUUUAUACAAGACUGUAAUGACCUCUUAGGACCACCCCAAUCCCAGGCCAGAUGGACAAACACCAGGGAAGGCAGGUAGAGUUACCGUGAAAAAGGCUCAGAAGCUCGGAAGCUGCCCAGUGAUUUCAAAGGUGGUCGCCCUACCUGCCAUUUAUUCAAGAUCAGGAACCUGGCCAGAAAUCACUUUUUGGUCUUCCCAGAGGAAUGACAUCAUCUCAGUAAACAGUGUCCUGUGUGCUAGAAGACCCAUACCUGUGGUUUUCAAAAGGAAAAUGACCCUUUCGUGGUGCAUUCAGACAGAGCACGGAGUGCUUACCAAAUGGCCUGCUUCCGGCUUCUGUAGACUCACGACAAAGCAGAUCUGAUAAGUUGGUGGGACCAGGUGGACACUUUGGACCCUGUGGCCUAGGAUGGACAGGCGAGAUGGCUACUUGCCCUCCUUCCCCUCAUUUCUGUUACCAGAAGAUUUUGAUAUCAAAUAUCCCUGGGGCACUGGUGCCUUCUCUGACAGGAGGGAGUUUGAUUUGUCCUUUAGACCUUGGCCAGGUACCCCCAGGGGCAAGAGCCCACUGAGCUUGAGGGACCUCUAAACUCAAGAGAAAGUCUUGGCCUGGAGUCCUACUGAAGGAGUGGUGAGAAGUCUGUGCCGGCUCAGAAUCUGGGGUAGGGAGGUCUGCAUGAGGUCUGGGCACAGACCCCAAGGCCGGGAGGAAGGUCGGGGAUAGAGCCUGCCGUGAAAACUGGGGAGGGGGUGCUCAGGAAGGGGGCUGCAUGCAGGGGAAUCAUGGGAGCGAAGUGUUGAUCUUACGGAGCCAUCCAGGCCCUGGACGCAGUGCCCUGGGGUGUCUCUGUACCCAGAGAGUGGCCUCUCGCCCCUUGCGGCUCGUGACCUUGUGCCAACGGGUCCAGACUGACCCAGCUCCACCCGCCCCUACCCUUCGACCCUGCCUCUGCCAGCCCCCAGCGGUGGGAGGCCUCCCCCAGCUCUCGGUGGGUCCGCCCCUUGCCGGCCCCCUGCGGCUCAGGCCCUGCCCCUCCCCGUAGCCCCUCCCGCUGGCCACGCCCUGUGCGGGCCCCGCCCCACUUAAGGUUGCACUGCACUUGGGAGGCCUCCCUUGUGUCUCCAGGCCUGCAGGGGAUGCGCUCUCGCCAUGGCCUCUGGGGCUUCUCCGAUCCUUGGGGUGCCCCCGCACCGUCUGUGGGCCCGGAGGCCUGGCAUCUACGAAGACGAGAAGGGGAGGACCUGGGUGACGGUGGUCGUGCGGCUCAGUCCCUCCCAGAGAGCUCGGAGCAGGGCCUCCCCAGGCGGCACACCUGAGCCCAGCGUCACAGUCCAUAUGUGGCAGAUGCCAGUGCACCCCCAGGAGCCCGUGUCCCCCAGCCAGCUGACCCUGUCCCAGCUGCCCCUCGUGUGGCAGCUGUACUCUGGAAGAAGGUACAGAGCAAUGGAUUCCAGGCUCUGGGAAAUAGUGAGCCAUGGCCAGGCAAGUGUGUGGUGGCCCCAGGAGAGGGUGAUGAGUGGCCUGUGGUCACUGCAUGUGUGCAAAAUGAGGCAAAGGAUGGAGGGACCGGACUACUAAAAUCCACAAAGCCAUGUUUCCAUCUGCUUCAGGCAGAUGGACAAGCAUUUCCUGGGCACUCUGACCACUGCUCCCUCUCCUGCAGAUCGACUCCACAGAGGAGCUGGUCCUGACAGAGCUGCCACCAGGGAAUGGCUGACCGCAGAGAGCGGCUCACAGGCUGGUCUUGCCGGCCCUAUGGAUCUUCAGUGAGGAUCUUUUCAUACCUGCCCUUCUGUUAGCACAUCUAGCAUGGCCUCCCCGGGGGGGAAGGAGGCAGCUGGGCCCCUGCCUACUCUGCUUUUCUUGUUGUCAUCAGCUGUCCGGCUCUGCUCCAUACUCAGUGACUUGCCGGACGGACCCCCAUCUGUGUGCUGGGCUCAGCUCCCCCACUGGCUGCGAUCCCUGGUUUCUCUUUCCCCUUUGUGCCCUCAUGCCGGCCUUCCAAGUGCCCCUUCCCAGAUCCCCAUCAGGCCCCCUCCAGGCACUGGCCCGGUCAGACCCCCGGCCUCCAGUUCAGCCCAUGAUUGUUACUUGCUGUCAACCACUCCGUGUCAGGCAGGGAGUGACUCAGUUUAAGAGCAGGCCUCAGAGGGAGCCAGGUCUGGACUUGGGACUCAGAUGGGCAUCAGUUCUGGGCUGCUGGCCUGGAGUAGAUGGAGUGUUGGGCAGGGUGUCCACUCCUGGUCCCAGGCAGCCUGCACCAGGGGCUGUGCGCAGGGAUGGAUGGAUUUGGCCCAUGGCUCUCCUGCUUCUUCAGUCCUUUGGCUCCUGCAUGUGAUGCUGGUCUGUGAAGUGUCCUCCCCGUACUGGUUAAUUAAACUUCAUUGCUUGUUGUCAACUUUU